AAACCACUUUAAUGAAUUUCCAUGUUCAAACACAAGAAAAUGGCGGGCUAAUAUUCUCCCUCUCUCUCUUUCUCCACUCUCACUAGCGAUUUACAGAUAGUCAGAUGCAGAGCUCAGGAGAGAGCGUGGUGCUAACACAAAUGGCCGAGAGGCGAUUAGUGUGCGAACGCGAAAUUCCAAUUCAGCAGCGGAGAGUCGACACUGCGCUCGUCUCUUAUCGCCAGCUCUUCGAUUCCGCCAAGUCCCAAGCCCAAAACACCAUUCAGCUUCAAGAGAAAUUGGGAAAGCUAAAAGGGGAACUGAGAGAAGCUGAGGAUGCUCUUGUGAAAUCGCUUGCUGUGAAGACUCGGAAAGAGGCAAAGAGGAUGAUGAUCAUGGAAUCUUUAUCUGAUAUGAAAACUAGAGUAGCGGAAUUGAAAGGACUUGUGAAAGAUCAGAAGGAAAGAAAAGAUGAAUAUGCUGCUAUACUAUCUCAUCAAUCUGAAGCAUUGACAACAUGCAAGGAAAAGUCUGGUCAGAAGGGGGGAUACAAUGACCAAAUAGAGGAGGCUAUUUCUUGGUACAAAAGGGUCCUUGGUUUCCGUAUUGAAUGCGGACAUGGUGUAAAAUUCAUAUUCACAAAUAUUAGACCAGAGAACCCGAAUGAAGAGUACUCCUUUGUCAUUCGUCAUGAGAACGAGACCUAUAGUUUGCCCAAGUGUGAUCCAUAUCUGAGUGGGACAAAAGAGCUACUGAAUGAGUUAAAUAAAAGCAAUGGACUAUUCAAGUUCGUGAGAACCAUGAGAGAGAAAUUUCAACAAGCUGCAGCACAGGGUCAUGUUUCUAAGAAGAUAUAUGACUAUCCAGAGAUUUCCAUGCAUAGCUCGUCUCUUGAUCAAGAUUCUUCAGUAAUCACCACUUCUGCUCCAGUAGCUUCGUUUUCUACUGAUCACGGACAUGAAUCUGCUCAAUCUAAGAGCAUUCCGAGAAAUGUUGGCAAUGGAAAUCAGGUUGAGUCUCCCAACUCUGCUUCUUCCGUUCGUCGUUCCUCACGCCUGAAGGUAACUCGCCUGCAGAACGUGUAACGUAUGCAGUUCUACUGUGUUGGUUUCUCGAUAUGCAACGAUGAUCUGGUUCCCCAUAUGUCUUGUAACUUCUUGUUCCAUAAUUGUAUUGAACUUUUACAGUACUGAUUCUGACCAAUUUCAACUCUACUCUUGAAUCUUCUGUACUUGCAGUGAAGUCCUUGCUUUGAUUA